CAGCUACUCAGGAGAAACGAAAUGAUCUGCCCUGGAGCCGCAGCAAAAUGCUGGAUGGACACCUACUCCUGGGAUGGUUAUCGUUCACACUGGUAGUCCUCGUCUUCUACUUGCCGCCGCCCGGCGCAGCCUAUUUCGGGCUGACCGGUAAUGAGCCGCUGUCUAUCCUGCCACUGAACUCUCUACCGGAGGAGAGCGUGGGCCGGGCCCACUACAAGCUGUGCGACCGGCUCAAAUUGGAAAAGAAGCAGCGCAGGAUGUGCAGACGUGACCCGGGCGUGGCGGAGACCUUACGUGAGGCCAUCACCAUGAGCGCCCUAGAAUGCCAGUAUCAGUUCCGCUUCGAGAGGUGGAACUGCACCUUGGAGGGCCGCCACCGGGCCAACAUGCUCAAGAGAGGAUUCAAAGAGACCGCCUUCCUCUACGCCAUUUCCUCGGCAGGACUGACGCACGCCAUGGCCAAAGCGUGCAGCGCCGGCCGCAUGGAGCGCUGCACGUGCGACGAGGCGCCCGACCUGGAGAACCGCAAGGCGUGGCAGUGGGGCGGCUGCGGCGACAACCUGAAGUACGCCAACAAGUUUGUCAAAGACUUUCUGGGCAAACGCUCCAACAAGGACCUGCGCGCACGCGUGGACAUGCACAACACCAACGUGGGCCUCAAGGUCAUCAAGGCUGGCGUGGAGACCACCUGCAAGUGCCACGGGGUCUCCGGCUCCUGCACCGUCCAGACCUGCUGGAGGCAGCUGCAGCCCUUCCACGAAGUCGGCAAGCACCUCAAGCAGCGCUACGAGACCUCAGUCAAAGUGGGCAGCUCCACCAACGAGGCCACGGGGGAGGGCGACAUCUCCGCCCCGGGCCGAAGCCAGCAACACCAGCAGCCGCCCCCGCCCCUGCAGGUCAACGACCAGAUCCCCCGCACUAUGGACCUGCUGCACAUCGAGGACUCGCCCAGCUUCUGCAGGCCCAGCAAGUACUCGUCGGGCACCGCCGCCCGCAAGUGCUACAAGGACAAGAACUGCGACGCCAUCUGCUGCGGGCGGGGCCACAACACGCAGAGCCGGGAGGUGACGCGGCCCUGCCAGUGCCAAGUGCGCUGGUGCUGCUACGUGGAAUGCAAGCAGUGCACGCAGCGGGAGGAGGUCUACACCUGUAAGGGCUGAACGCCGUCAUGGAAGUGGGGACACUGAUGAGCACUUUGAGGGAUUCUGUUUCUUGUUUUUUCAUUGAAAGACCAACUUAUUUCUCAGACAACUGGGUGAACAUCUCAAGCCUUGACCAGACUGUGCUUACCAAACAAUUCUUUUCAAGUGCAAGCACAGCCAAGAGACUCUUUGUAUUCCGCGACGGGGAUCCAUCCAUGAUCCCCCCAAAAAAAAAAAAAAAAAAAACAGACGGGGUGUAUGAACUUCACUCUACACGCACAUAUCUACACGCGCACACAUUGUGUGUUUGCAUAUAUAUAUGCAUGUAAAUAACUUUAUAAUAACGUUAUAGGUAUAAAUAUAUCUAUAUUGUAAAGACAUCAUACAUGCCACUUAUCUAACUUUAUGUUCAAAUAAAAACCACUAAACCGCGCAGACGCUUUGCCGUUUGCGCAACCGUUCCCGCCGGUUGGAAGCUUUAAACGAGGACUCCU